UUGUCCGCUUUCAUCAUGGGCGCCCAGGGCAGCAAAAAUCAGGCUGGCGAUCCCGACGCUGUAGACUACUACCAGCUGCUGGAGGUUGACGAGAAUGCAACGCAGGACGAGAUCAGGAGAUCGUUUCGAAAGCUCGCGCUGAUCCAUCAUCCCGACAAGAACCCAGACAACAUCGAAGAGGCUACAAAGCGUUUUGCUACUUUGCAGCAGGCCUACGAGGUCCUCAGCGAUGAGCAGGAAAGGGCCUGGUACGAUUCGCACAAAGCCUCCCUUGCCCCCGAACCCGACGAUGCGACCGUCUUCGAAGAAGUCCGCAGAGGCGCGCCACCGUCCAAAGCCAGGGAUCGCGGCUUGACAGUUCAUCACCUGGCGCACUUCUUCUCGAUAGUAUGGACAGGCUACGAUGACAGCGCGGAUGGCUUCUACAACAUCUAUCACCAGCUCUUCAACCGUCUCGCGGCGGAGGAAGCCAUGUUUGAGCCCGACGUCACUUACCCAUCCUUCGGAUACUCUAAUACGCCCUGGGGUACUGCGAAGUCAAGCGGCGAACCUGACGUGCGAUCGUUCUACACCGCAUGGACGAAUUUUGCCACCGCGAAGGACUUUGCUUGGGCGGACCAAUGGAAUUUGAAUGAGGCGCCCGAUAGACGGGUUCGCCGGUUGAUGGAGAAGGACAACAAGAAGGCUCGAGACGAUGGCCGACGCGAAUACAACGACACCGUCCGCUCCCUUGCCAAAUUCCUUCGCAAGCGCGACCCGCGCUACAAAGCCUUCCAACAAGCCCAAGCCACUGGCAACAUGAACACCAACGCCUCUAAAGCCGGCCAGUCAACCACUCGCUCUACGACCGAAGCAGCCGCUGCCGCAUAUGUCGAGCAAGAGUGGCAAAAGACCAACCACCACGACACGCACGCCGACCUCGAGUGGGCUUUCGCCGAGGGCGAGGAUCCGGAGGAGUGGGAGUGCGUUGCAUGCGGGAAGAGCUUCAGGAGCGAGGCGGCGUGGGACAGCCAUGAACGCUCGCGGAAGCAUAUGGUGCAGGUUGAGCGCCUGCGGAGGGAGAUGGAGAAGGAAGACGAGGAGCUUGGGUUUGAGGCGGGCGAGUUGGAGGUGGAGGAGGUCGAGGUUGAGGGAGGUGCAGAGAAUGCGGAGGAGACGCAGGAACUCGCUGAAGCGCAGAACGGCGACACAGACCUGCAGAACGAUGCCGCGGAGCCUCCGCGAUCGCCUUCGCCAGCGCCAUCCGUUCAGGCGCCGGAUGCGCACACAUCGCCAGCCGCUGAAGAAGACAUUGAAGAGUCAGCGCCCUCAACUAGUCGGAAAAAGAAGAAGCAGGCCAAGGCAGCCCCUCCGGAGCGCGAGCGCCCCACCAAGACCGAAAGACGGCGGCGCGACGUCCCGGACUUCGUCCCCGGCGAGACGCCACUCCAAUCUGAUGGAGAGUCCGACGACACUCCUGCCGCCGCUGCUGCGCCGACCAAGCGUGACAAGCGACGCGCGAAGCAGGCGAAGAAGGCGGAGGAAGCAGAGCACGGGGCGACGCAGACCAAAUGCAAUGUGUGUGGCGAGGCAUUCCCCAGCAAAACCAAGCUAUUUGCGCAUAUCGAGUCUUCGGGCCACGCGCUCGCUGCGACCGCUUCAGAUGUCAAGUUGCGUGGGAAUGGGAAGGGGAAGAAAGGGAAGAAGGGUGGAAAAUUGUAGCAUGGCGGCCUGUAGUGAUAUGUAUACGUGAGUCCUGACACAAUGAUUGUCCGCUUCCCCUUUCCUACCGAUUGUUCGUCGCCACACAUCUCGAUGUCUAGAAUCGGGGUAGAUACCUAGAUCCCCUCGAUGGCUACAUCUCAUGUGGAAGGAGAUUACUGAGGCG